CCGCCCGCCCCGGCCGCUGAGUCCUGCCCGCGGCGCGCACUCGCGCACGACGUGAGAGAACCCUCGCGCGAGCCACCGCCGACGCCUCCGCCGCACGCCCUCGCAACCUCUACCUGUGAUAUCCGUACAAAACGAGCCGACCGCACGGGCCAUGCGGUCACGAGCCGCAGCCGCGCAGCCUCCGGUUCUUCCACGCGAGAGCGUCGCUCGCACGCUGUUAUGAGAGACGUUCCUUUACCUGAUUCAUGUACAAAAAUGUUCGAUAUGUCAAUUCAAGAGGUAAAUGGGAAAGGACCCAAAAAAAGAAAAAAGUCAUUAGAGCAUAUCUGUGAUAAUGAGGCAGCGGAAGGGAAGGCUGCAGCGGUGGAGGAGAGGGUGUUGCCGAAGGAGAAGGAAGAAAGAAGGAGCAAUAGUAGCACCGGCGGCGGUGGCGGGUCCGUGGAGCUGCUGCACUGGCGCGAUAUGCCGCAGCACCUGCAGUUCAACCCGUACGUGCUGACCGGCUACCGCCCGCUGCAGGGCUGGGCCGACUGCAUCCGCAGCCUCUUCUACUUCCACAAUGAAACCAUCAACAUACUCACUCAUGGUGUGUCGCUGGUAUUCAUGAUAGUGGUGCUACCGGGGCUGCUGCCGUGGGGCGGAGGCGCGGGCUGGCUGUCGCUCUGCCACCUGCUCGGAGCACUGGCCCCCUGGUGCGGCUCUUUCCUCUACCACCUGUUCAUGAACCACGCGCGCGGGGCUGCCUUGUACCAUCGAUUAUUGCAGUUGGAUAUGCUGGGCAUAUGGGUCAGUCAGAGCAUAGGUGCAAUCCCGAUGGUGACGGCGACGGUGUACUGUGCGCCUGCGCCGCUACGGUACGCGGCGCUCGCCGUCUACUGCCUCGGCAGCCUCCUCGGCCUAUAUAAGGCGAUGCGCGCGUGGUCGCCGUGGGAGCGGCGGCUGUGCUUCGCGGCGCCGUUCUGCAUGCGGGUGCUGCUGGCCGGCGCACGCGCAGCCCGGCUUGGCGGUGGCGACCCGCACGCCAUACUGCACGUCUUCCUACAGGAUGCGGUGUCGCUGGGCGGCGGCGUGAUCGGAGCGCUGCACAUCCCGGAGAAGUGGUUCCCGGGCGCCGUGGACCGCUGCCUGAACUCACACAACAUCAUGCACGUGCUCGUCGUGCUUGCCGUCUACUCCAUGCACCAGGUGACGACGCGCGACAUAGCGUGGAUGGACCGCACCGAGUGCCGCGGGCCGCUGCGCACGCUCUGACGGCCGCCGCCGCCUCCGCGCGACGCCUGCGCACCUUCCUGCGCCACCACACGCGCUCCCUACCGCCCCCACCCGCACCGCUAUAAGCCUUACAACGCCACAAAGCUAGGCAAUGCGCUAAAAUACCAACCAAAGAACGAAAAUUCAAUGACUGUAAUAUAUAUUACGUUAUUCGCUUCGAUCCUCUGAAAGUCGACAAGAAUCGCUGUUGGACAUCAUUGAAUCUCACGCAUUAUGCCAGCUGACCAAACUAUGAAAAUAUCGUUUAUUUGGCAUAAAUGUAUAGUUUGCAAGAAACUUGUUACUUUUGUUACUCUAUCUAAUAUCUACUUACUCUAUCUACUGUUCAAGCUUUUACACAAUUUACCUUUAUAAUAUAUAAUGAAUAUGAACUCGGUUGCAAAGACAACUAUAUAAGUAAAUUAUGCGUGCGGCUUAACCAUAAGUUCGAAGUUUACCGCCAUAAAAUAUUGUAUAAAUAUUUGUAAUUAUAACAAAAUAACUUUAGGAAGAAUAAUUGACACGUUAGUAUUUUAUGUUGCUCAAUCGUUACAAAAAAGUGUGCAUUCAAGAUGGAAGGUAAGUAUCGUUAAUAAAAUAGUAGGCUUUCUUAAGAACUUUUCUAAUCACAGACUGCGCUCCACAUACUAUUCAUUUUGUUGAAAGUCAUUGGUUGAUUGGAUAGAAACUCACCAUAAAUGUGCCUCUUGGUGUGCAAAGCUCAAGACGGCUUUUCACACAAUGGCACAUAAAAUUGGCAAUAACUAUUUAAGAAGUUAAAUAUUGAUCUCAAUACAUUGGAUACGUAUAAAAACAUAUCUACAAUUCAAUUACCCAGCUGUGAGUAAAGAGAGGAACCUAUCCAAUCCACGCUCUAAAUUAAGACUAUUCUUCUCGUGUUGAUACACAUCUAUUCCGUCAAACUUGUAGGCAGUAUUUGAAAUUCACAUUCCGAUAUAGUAAUAGUAACUAGCUUUAAUGCCGCGUUAGAAGGUACAGGCUUUUUGAAGUUGAAAUAAUUGAGAUAGACUAGCUAGCGGACAAUAUCACGGCCUACCUGUAGGAUAGGUUGCGUCGGUGUACGUGCACCAUAACGGUAAAGUGCGUAGCCGAUUGCAGGCAGCAGCAGCGGCGACACUGCCAGUUUCUACAUAUUUCUAUGAAAUACCCUCUGAGGCUAGCGACACUAUGUCGGUGUAGUACCUACUAUCGCCGCGAUAAGUAUCGCCUGCUGCUCCUACCAACAAUCGGCCACAAACUUGUACCGUAACGCUCCUGACGAUUAGAACCACUUACAAUAACUAGUUCGGUAACGAUAGAUAGCGUUCCGUCGUUUCGUUAAUAGCUAUAAUAUAGUGUAAGAUUCGAGUACAAUUAACGACAUCGUUCGAAGCAAACCAGCUCCAAUUAAAGUAGUCAUAAUAAUAAUAAUAUAGCGCUAUUAAAUAAAGUCGAAUUCGCGUCCUGUUCAUGCAAGUUACCUCAUUGUAGAUUAGUCGAUUAGUAGAUUCAUACUUAUACGCGCAUAUUGUUUGUUUUCCAACUUAUUUAACGUAAAGCGACCGGCCACGAUAUUGUGAUCCCAGCACCGGCCGCUUGCAUGGCUUCACUAUGAGCAUCCACCGUUGGAAGCAGAAGCCAUGAUUGCCGCGUUCUAAAAUAAAAAGUCUUGAGCAUAUAAUCUUCUUACUCGAAUGUGACUGCUGUACAGACAAGUUAGUGAUUACAACGCAUAACUUUCUAUUGUACCUACUCUUACGAAUAUUCGUCGCGAUCCUAUGGAUUAUAUUAAAGUAUGUUUGUAUAAAUCGAAUAUUUAACUAUUACACUAAUUUCAGUGACCAAUCAUUGGUAUAUUUUUAUAUUCUUGGUGUUGUGCGCUUCACGGCUUUAGUAUAGGAAGGCAUCGCGAGUGAUCUGGCAUUCCUCUAGAACACGUCUCCGCUAGUGGUUUAUAGAUUCAAUCAACUAGUCAUAACUGUAGUUCGAGUAGCUAGGUAGAUUACAAGCAAUAAAUAGACAAUUGUUAAGAAAUUUGACAAAAGUAGUCGCGUAAACGUUAAACGAAGUACUGUCCUGUUUACGCAGUAAGAUUUGUUGUUGAAGUUUUUUAUUCGCACCUUUUUGAUGGCUUUAAUAUCUACUUUUGUCAAAGUUCUGUUGUUUUAAUGAAUUAUUUAUUAUAAAGUAGUGUUUUAGAUGAAACGAAGUGUACUUGAGGUUUUAUACCGCGGCGCAACGCAGGCGCAGCCGCCGCAGUGCCGGCGCAUUCAUCGCCGCUCGGCGCUUGUCCGCUCACUAUCCCCUGACACCUUUCAUUUAGGUACCUAACUAUAUUUUUGGAGACAGACUUUCAUCUUCAUAUUUACAAUAGAAAAAAGAUAUUUUUCUGAGCAAUGAAACACAGCCAAAGAAAGACAAACAAAUUUAUAUUUUGAAUCAACAUUUGACUAGGUGAAAUCGUACUUAUUUGUAUGUAAGCGGUCAAAUUAAUUUAUUGAUAAAAUUAUACUUAUAUAGUAAGACUUGUAUUAU